AUGUUGGAGGUUGAGAAUUUCAGGAGAAUGGUACAUCCUUCUGGCCUAUUUCAUGGAAGUUCUGACUUUAACCAUGACCAGAGCGGUGGGAUGUUAUAUUACCCUACAGCCACAAGACCAGACAAAAGCAACCCAUUCAUAGACUGGGGAAAGAGAACUGUAUCACCACCAGCAAUGUCAGUGGAGUCUAAAUCUGAUGGCGAGGAUGAAGACGAAGAAUACCGACCAUUUACACCUCCACCACCAAGAGAGAGACUGAGUUAUACCAGAUAUCAAUUAGAAUUACUGAAUGGUAUCUACGCAAAAGUUCGCUACCCUAACAGCUCGCAGAAACAACUAAUAGCAAAACGUGUGGGCAUCACAAGAGAACAAGUGAAGAUUUGGUUUCAAAAUCGCAGACGAAAGGAUGUUGUAGGCAAAGACAAAAAGUCUGACGACGAAGAUAAAAAUAAAAAUAAAAGUGAAGAUGAAAGUAGUGAUAUAAGUAAAAGUUUAAGUGACUGUGAAAGUAUUUCUGAGGAUGACCCAUCGACAAAAGAAGGAAACAUGGUUCCAACAGUUGUGAUGAAAGGUAUUAUCAGUGAAUUAAAACGUUACGAAAAAGAAGCGCCUAAAGGAAAAAAGAAGAAAAAAUCUAAAUCUAUGAAACAGAAACAGAUAAAGAAAAAUAUAUCCAGUGCUCUUUUACAUAGUUCAUACGAUAUGAUCUCUCCUCCGAAUCAAGUUAUUCCAAACUCACACGGUGUUAUGAACAGAACCACGAAUAAACUUAACCAUUCACUAAGAUCAUCAGCAUUCGAAUCUCCGAAAGAAUCACAGGCAUUAAAAUAUCCAACAUCAGUUUCAACUUUCUUGGAACAUUACAGUUUGCAUGGAAAUCCGAACCAACCACCAUUUCCAAUGUCAGGUCAUUCUGGCCUUGGACCAGUUCAUUCUGGAUGUGACUUACCAGUGUUAUCAGACUUACUCUCGUUUAAGACGGGACUUGAAUCUCGAACAGAUGAUACUCUUAUUAACUCAAAUACUUCGCCACGGUCGGGACAGCCAAACCGACCAAUAUCUUGUGACAAUCAGGGAUCUCUAACUAUGCCAUAUGGCUUGAAUCGUUUCUAUCCAUUGCCAUUCAUUGCCGAACAGCCGUUACUCCUUUCAACUCUCAGGCAUUCUGAAUCAUUUAGACACCACAUGUUACCGCAAUCGGGAUACCCAGAAGAACAAAGUGUAUUCCAAGCUCUGCCAAUAUCAGCUUUAAAUAACCCAUAUUAUGCCCCUACCUCAUCAGUCGCAUGGUCUAAUCAGAUGCAACCCUCUAACUUUACUCAGUUAUAACAGUCAGCAAAAAUUAAAUUAUAAUUUAUAGAUAACAUACAUUAUUAUUUUGUAAAAUAGUAUUUUGUACAUUUCGUUACAGAUUGUUGAAGAUUAUAAAUAUUAACAUAUUGAA